UCAUCAUUGUGCUACUAUACUGCACAUAUAUAGACAUGGACGGUCGCGUUGAACAGGAGGCCGAAACCUGCCAGGCCAUCGGCAGUCUUCGCAAGUGGUACGAACUUCGCAUCGCAUCUCAAUCUCGCACGGCAACUCAACAACGUGUUGUUCCCGUGACUUCAUUGCUUAGGCAGCAGCAAUCAUCCAACGACCAAGUCAUCCAGAAUGCAAUUGAAGCCCCCACCAUCAACGAUACCAACAAAGACAAAACCGUCCUCUAUCUAGGCUAUGGCUCCAAUCUGUGCGCCGAGACAUUCAAAGGCAAGCGCAACAUCCAGCCUCUGUCUCAAGUCAAUGUCGUGGUCCCCGCCUUGUCGUUGACAUUCGAUUUGCCGGGCAUUCCGUAUACGGAACCAUGUUUUGGAAACGUACGGUAUCGCAACCUCGACGAGGCUGAAUCCGUCGCCCGAAGCAAUAGCCCGGCACGAUCCGAUGACUACCACAAAGACCGCUGGUCGAAAGGACUAGUCGGGGUAGUCUACGAAGUCACCAUGGAGGACUAUGCUCACAUCAUCGCCACGGAAGGGGGCGGAGCAGGGUAUAAGGACGUCAUGGUCGAUUGUUACGCACUCAAUGGAACGAUCAACCAGGUUGUGCCUCUACACCCAGAAGGCCAGUCAUUCAAAGCACACACCCUAUUCGAUCCACAGGGCCCCAAAGCCCGAACCCAUGCCUACGCCCAACCGAGUGCGCGAUACCUCAAACUCAUCACCGACGGUGCAGCAGAACAUGCUCUUCCUCAGGAAUAUCAGGAUUUUCUUAAUCAAAUCCGGAGUUACCGUAUCACAACCACUAAACAACGUCUGGGACAAUUUAUCUUCAUGUCCGUUUGGAGUCCGUUCUUUCUUUUCUUCCUCAGCGGUGCCCAGGUGUUUUUGAAACCGGACGGAACGUAUCCGAAAUGGUUGGCUACGUUUUUACAGGCUAUGUUUGUGGUUAUUUGGAAGAGUUAUGAUCGGGUUUUCAAGCCGUUGUUUGGUGAUGGGGAGAGGACGCUGGGUGAUGGAGCUGAUGAUGAUGGAUAUGAUGAGAAGAAGAAGAGGGGACAUGGCGGGAUUUUAAGUGAGAAGACCGCACUCUUGGAUGCAAGGACUAAAACUCCAGAAUCGUAUGUUUAAAUGGGGUUGUUGCAUAUACUUAUCAUUCAUCACAAGCGAAUCCUAUCCUUCCUUUAGUUAGCUCAGGCCUGGUUUGAAUAUACAAAAGACGAACUGCCAUCAUACCUUAUCUGCGAGAGAAUGAAGGCAGUGUUACUCCUCACCUACGAUCGCAGGAGUGGCAAGGAGAGUAAGAAGGC